UCAUCGUCCACGUUGGGAACAGGAAGGCCCUAUACUGCAGAAGAACGAAGCGACUUUGAAGGGAAACGGGGGUUUAUAUAUGUUUUGGAUCAACUUUCUGGAAUAAUCUUCAUGACCGAUCUUGUGAGGUCAGAUGAGGAGAGGAACAAGGAGGAGGGGCAAACUAGAGACCAAUGGAAUAAUCGAGAGAUAAACCGAUCGAAUGUUUCUAUAAUGCAUCAAUGGGGCGAACAAACGUCAUCUUCACGGCACCAGACUG